AUAGACAAAUAGAACUAUCACCAUGGUCAGACAAGAUAAGUACUCCGUCAUUCUUCCAACAUACAAUGAGAGACGCAACUUACCAAUUUUGGUAUACUUGUUGAACAAGACCUUCACCGAACAUUCAAUUGACUGGGAGGUGAUUAUUGUUGACGACAAUUCCCCAGAUGGAACCCAAGAAAUUGCCCGUAAGUUAAUCGACAUCUAUGGAGCCGACCACAUCCAAUUGCGUCCUCGUGCUGGUAAAUUAGGGUUAGGUACUGCUUAUGUCCACGGUCUUCAAUAUGUCACUGGUGAAUUUGUUAUUAUUAUGGAUGCUGAUUUCUCUCACCAUCCAGAAGCAAUUCCUGAAUUCAUUGCCAAGCAAAAAUCGCAAAACUUUGAUAUCGUCACUGGAACAAGAUAUGCCGGUGAUGGAGGUGUCUACGGUUGGGAUUUCAAGAGAAAGUUGAUUAGUAGAGGUGCCAACUUCUUAGCCACAGUGGUGUUGAGACCAAAUGUCUCCGAUUUGACUGGUUCUUUUAGAUUAUACAAGACCCCUGUCUUGAAGAAGAUUAUUGAAGUUACUCAAUCCAAGGGUUAUGUUUUCCAAAUGGAAAUGAUGGUUAGAGCAAGAUCAUUGGGAUUCACCGUGGGUGAAGUUCCUAUUAGUUUCGUUGAUCGUUUGUAUGGGGAAUCUAAAUUAGGGGGUGAUGAAAUUGUUCAAUAUGCUAAGGGGGUGUGGACUUUGUUUACAAGUGUAUAGAUAGUCAGUAGUAAAUUAUAUAAGUAAUUUUAUUCCACCAAGCACAGCAGUUCUAUGUAAACAGACGU